AUGAGGUCGACGGACGGCCAGUGCAGCGUGCACGCUUACUGCGGAACCAAUAUCUGUUUCAGGGGCAUGAGCCAGAGGAAUAUAACAUCUGCGGAAGCAACAAGGAUUGUCCGGAGGGGAAAAUUUUGCCGGUACACCAAGAGGCAAUUUCUCUCUACUCUGGAGAAGAAAGUGAGAACUUGCAAGAGAUGCAAGAAAGGAAUGAUUGGUCAGGAAUGCUCGAAGUCUACUGAUUGCAAAGGGCGGACUAGAUGCCAGUUUGGCGUUUGCUUGCACAAGCAUUUCCAUCUGAAUAAGGCCACCAACGGACUCGUCUACUGUGAUGACGCGGACUGCGAGUCGAACAACUGCGAAGUUACAACUCACAACAAUGGAAGAAUCACCUCAAAGUACCGCUAA